GUAUUAACGUUCCAGUCGACACUAGAAAAUGUGAAGAUUUUUCCUGUGUGCGGCUUGAUGAAAUAUUUUGCCAUGUAAAGAUUUGAACAUGAACUCAUCAUGAGGUUAUAUGUCAGUAUGUGGUGUGAAGGAUGACCGCAAACUUACCUAUUACAUGUGCAACUUCCUUAUCCAUCUCUGCUCCUUCUGGUGUCACUGUGAAUGCCACGCCUAAUGUCAACUCACCCGCUCUCUCCGUCCCCUCCCAGACCAUCACUCAUGUGAUAAGCCCCACCCAAGGGAAAUCAAUCAACCUGAGCGAGGCCAUCAAGCAUUUGGAGCAGCAGAUAUCACUCUGUGGUUCUGGUCCUCACACAGCCCAGCAGAAAGAGGAACUCGGUAAACUCAAUACACUACUGUACCAGUACAAAGUAGAGCUACAGAAGUCUGUUAACAGUAAACCUACUGUCAACUCUGAGAGCUCCUCAGCUGCCACUUCAGCCAUGUUAGGGGGCGCCGCCCAGUCAGCAGGGGCCAAACCCACAGUGAUUGGUCAGCCAGGAGGGUCAGAGGUCAGGGUGCUGGACAAGCGGCGCCUACAGGAGCUGGUCAAGGAAGUGGACCCAUUAGAACAGCUGGACGAUGAUGUGGAAGAGGUCCUCCUGCAGAUCGCUGAUGACUUUAUAGAGAGUGUUGUCACCAAUGCCUGUCAUCUGGCCAAACACAGAAAAUCCUCCACUUUAGAAGCCAAGGAUGUUCAGCUACAUCUGGAACGUAACUGGAACAUGUGGAUCCCAGGUUUUGGGGCAGAGGAACUCCGGCCGUACAAGAGAGCGUUUCACACAGAGGCCCACAAACAGAGGAUGGCAUUAAUCAAGAAGACACUGAAGAAAUACUGAAGCCUGCUGUGUCCCAGCACAUCUUGACAUGCAUGUUUCACAGCGGAUGGGUUGUGACUAAACCCUAGUUGCUUCGGGACAGGAUUGUUGUGAAAUCUCAGGUGUUGGUUAUAGUUUGAAGUGCAGCAGCAGAGUAUCACAGCUCGAAGGAGGAAUGUGUGGAUAUUUUCAGCGAUGUGGUACUUGGCACCUUUGCAGAGUUAUGGGUCGUGGUUGUGUGGAAGAGCUGUGGGACUUGGCUGCGCAGACGAGUUGACUGUGAAUGAAAUUUUUGCUGGAAUAUACUAUUAACUAUUCAGUGUCUGUACCAAGAUUUUCCUAGAUGUGUAUAUGCUGCAUGCUAUGGAUGUUCAGUGUUAAGGCUAUUGUAAAAACAGCUUGGAAUAAAACAUGAAAUAUGGAUGUGAUGACUUCCUUGUUAUGGGGAAUUGUUGACUUAAUUUCAGUGAUUGUCAUUUAUAGGUAUGCAGUUAAAUGUAAGUAAUAAUCGAAUCAAUAAGUCA